AAGUAAUAAGCCAGACUUUCAAGUAUUGGAGAUGAGAGAUUUAGCAACUUGUAUAGGAAAAUCCGUUGCUCAAGCAAUAUAUGAUAUUUUUGAUCAUUUUAAAAUAAAUCCACAACAGUACUUUGUAUGUGUUACUGAUAAUACAAACUACAUGAGCGAUAAAUCUGGAGGUACAAUCUCUUUAUUUAAUAAGUUAAGUGAUGCUAAUUUAUUUCAAAUCUCUUGUGGUCUUCAUGUUGCACAUAUUAUAAUGAAUAACUUUGAAGAAGUUGCUUUUGGUAAGUUGCCUAAUGUUAGUGGAUUCUCAAGAAAAGAAUUUCCAGCAAAUCUUUUAUAUUUGGCUUGGGAUCUUUAUGACGGUUAUAAUAAGACAGAUAAAGAUAAGCCAAUGGGAAUUCAAUCAGAUUAUAUUUGCAGACUUUAUGAAGAACGAUUUGGAUAUCAAUUAACAAAAUAUCAACAGCCAAUCUGA